UAGAAUCAUGGGAAAUGGAACCUCAUCAACAUCAUCAAAGUCCAAGGUUCAGCAAGGUCAGCAAGUACUAAAGGGUGUUCAUUAUUAUGCUAACAACAAACCAAGAAGAGAACAACAACAACAACAACAACAUUAUGGUCUUGAUGGUGGUGCUGUGGAGCUUCUAGAAACUGAUGAAGCUUUCAGUGAAUACAUCCGAAGAGCUAAGCAAAACAUGAGAACCGUGUCGUACGUUGGUAACGACGAAGAUCACAGUAACUACCCUGCACCUGUGGUUAAUAAUAAUGUGGAGAACGAGAAUGAAGAAUUUUCGGAGUUUAUUCGCCUUACUAAGAAGAAGUUGAGAACUGCUUCCUUUCAAAGAGGCUGAUGAAUGAAGAACAUUAUGUUGUUGACUUGUUGGAGUGCAAAAAUAACGAGUUCAUAUUAGGGCAUGCAAUCAAGUAGAUAUAUACUUACAUCAUACAAACUUAGAGUGUAGUCAAAUUCACGUAAAAUUGAUAAUUUAGAG